UCAGGCUGUAUGAUCUCAGAGGAAGGCUGUACUUCUCUGGCCUCAGCUCUGAGCUCCAACCCCUCCCAUCUGAGAGUGCUGGACCUGAGCUACAAUAAUCCAGGAGACUCCGGAGUGAAGCUGCUUUCUACUUCACUGGAGGAUCCAAACUGGAGACUGGACACUCUCAGGGAGGACCAUGGUGGACCGCAGAGAUUGAGACCUGGUGUGAGGAAGUGUGAGUGUGUUUUAAGUUUGCUCUAAGAGAACUCAGCUGUGUGUUACACUAGUUUCACCCCUU